CAGAUUACAAUAAAUAAUACCAGCUACGGUAAAGGAGAGCGGGAUGGACCAGUUUGUCCAGUUCACUGUCUCAGGUGUUGAGCUGUCUGCAGGUAUUUCUGCACUGUCAGUGAAGACAUCGGCUGCGACUGGACGCCCAACUCAGAGCUCAGAUGCCGUCAUGUCCUCCACAAUGGUCAUCCGUCAGCCUCAGCCUGUGAUGGUGGUCCAGGACUCGGAUGAGUGGGGAACAGGGAUCUGCCAGUGCUUAGAAGACGUGCCUGAGUGUUGUUUUGCUUUCUGGUGCUUGCCCUGCUUCGCCUGUAUUACUACUAAGAAGUACGGCCAGUGUCUCUGUCUCCCCCUGCUGGACAUGAUCAGUGGCAUCCCUCCCGUCGCCAUGUCCAUGAGGGUCUCCAUGAGGCAGCGCUACGGCAUCCGAGGCACCAUGUGCACGGACUGCCUGUACUCCACCUACUGUUACUCCUGCAGCUGGUGUCAGAUGUCCAGAGAGAUGAAGAGAAGAAACAUCCCAAUCGUUCUCGUCGGCGCCAAGAACACGUGACCUCAUCCUCGUUCGGCAUCAUCUCAGAAAUGUUACCCGUCUCAAUAAAAACCCGCUCCAGCUGGUACCAACAAGUGAGAUCUACACAGAGAAAAAACUGCUCACAUCUCUGACUGACCUUGAUUGUGUACCUGAAACAAUAACUCUUUGAGGUUCUUUUUUCUGCUGUUUGUGCUUUUUACUUCAGAAAAUAAUCACUGCCUUAUAAACACCCAAUGAGCAUUUAUUAACAAAUCAGUUUUCCAGCCAGUCUCUGUUUGUAGUUUAUGGUGCAUGUUUUCUUACUUUAAAUGGACUUUAAUCACACGUACGUCAUACAUUUAUUAUAACCUGCUUCAUAAAUGUAUAGAAAAGAAACUCAGCUUAAUUCAUUACAUGGAAACAUGAUAUAGCAAUUUAAUGAUUUGGAAAUUUUUUCAUAAACUUUUAAUAAAUAUAUAUAUAUAUAUAUUUUAGCUUGUGUCUGCUGAUGUCACAUUUAACAUGUUAACUUUCUGUAAUUAUUGAUUGAUUGUCAAUAAAAUGAGCUAAAUGAAUAUACUGUAGCCUGCUGUUAUUUCCUUGUAUACAAAGAAAUAACAGCCGGCCACAGUACAGGUAUACAGUAUACCUAUGCACAAGUUUUCAAAAGAAAACAAGCAGUGACCUUUAGACACUGAUGUAAUGCCUGACUCCUCCACUCGAGGGAGCCACACACCUCACGGUGAAUCCAUGAGGCCAUGCGAGGUCACAGAGCAUCAGACCGAUGAGGACAGAUGUGAGGAAGAUGAAGACACUGGGACGCCUGCUGCUGAUUGACCUCGUGACCUCGACCUUGUUGACGCGGUCUCCUGGAGAACUCUGUGCAGUUUGGUACUAAAUAAAUGUAAAAUAGAAACUUUCAUUUCCAGUCAAUUAAUUCAAAUGAAUUGUUGGCGUAAGCUGAUGUUGUUUUAUCAGUGCAGAAAGGUGUGAAGUGUGUCUACAGUCAAGUAUACAAAUCAAGAUAU